AUGGGUGAGGACAAUUUCAAGCCGGCCCUUCUCGUGGUCGACUUUCAAGAGGAUUUCUGCCCUCCGAACGGCUCUCUCGCAGUACCAGACGGCCGGGCCAUCGCCCCGGUAGUCAACUCCCUCCUCAAGCUCCCGUUCGCGACCAAGAUCGCCACCAAGGACUGGCACCCAGCCUCCCACGUCUCCUUCGCGACGAACCACCCGGGCGCCUCACCCUUCCUGUCCACCACCACCAUCGCCAACCCGCACAACUCGGCCGAGAAGCUCGAGUCGCGCCUCUGGCCGGCGCACUGCGUGCAGGACACGCCCGGCGCGGCGCUGAUCCCCGAGCUGGAGGCCGACCUGCUCGACGCCGUGGUGGCGAAGGGCACGAGGCCGGAUAUCGAGAUGUACAGCGCUUUCUACGGCCCGUUUGAGGACCCGGGGCGCGUGGCGGAUUCGGGGCUCGCGGAAAGGCUGCGCGGGGCGGGCGUCACGGAUGUUUUUGUGGUGGGGUUGGCGGGCGACUACUGUGUCAAGUGCUCUGCGAUCGAUGCGGCGGCCGAGGGGUUCCGGACUGUGGUUGUCGAGGAGGGGACGAGGUGUGUUGACCCUGCUGCUUGGGACCGGGUGAAGGCUGAGUUGGCUGUGGCGGGCGUUCAGGUCGUGAGGUUUGAGGGGCCGGAGGUGGAGAGGCUACGAAUAGCACUUGCCGUUGGUUAUAUUUGA